AAAAAGUCUGAUAUUAUUACAAAAAACCAAUAUUAUCUUUACACGAACGACAGUGAACCAAAAAAAAGAAAACAAUGGAGAUGAAUGGGAAGCAUCAAAAUCUGCACUCUUCUGGGAAUGAUGGUAUCAAAACGACAGGGCAGGUCAUCACUUGUAGAGCUGCGGUGGCUUAUGGGCCGCGUGAGGCUCUGGUGGUGGAGGAGAUUCUGGUGGAGCCACCUCAGAGAAUGGAGGUUCGGAUCAAGAUUCUCUUUACCUCAAUCUGCCAUACUGAUCUCAGUGCUUGGAAAGGAGAGAACGAAUCUCAACGAGCAUACCCUCGAAUUCUUGGCCAUGAAGCUUCAGGAAUUGUUGAAAGUGUGGGGGAAGGGGUGACAGAGCUGAAAGAAGGAGACCAUGUAGUGCCAAUAUUCAAUGGUGAGUGUGGCACGUGCCAAUGCUGCAGGCACGUGAAGAGCAACAUGUGUAGUAAAUAUGGGGUGAACCCUAUGAUGAAGGUGAUGGAGAGCGAUGGCAGAACUAGGUUUUGGACCAAACAUGGAAACCCUAUUUUUCAUUUUCUCAACACCUCAACAUUUUCCGAGUAUUCAGUUCUCCAUUCAGCUUGUGUCGUGAAGCUUCAACCGCAACUACUCUCAUCUCCCUCCGAUUUUAAGAAAAUCACUCUGCUUAGUUGCGGAGUUUCCACGGGAGUUGGAGCUGCAUGGAACACUGCCAAUGUCCAACCUGGAUCAACCGUAGCAAUUUUUGGUCUAGGAGCUGUGGGACUUGCUAUUAGUGAAGGGGCAAGAGCCAGAGGAGCUUCCAAAAUAAUAGGUGUUGAUGUCAACCCUGCUAAAUUUACCAAAGGUCGAGCAAUGGGGAUGACUGACUUCAUAAACCCAACUGAGCUGGAAAAGCCGGUGCAUCAGAAAAUUAGAGAGAUGAGUGGAGGAGGAGUGGACUACAGCUUUGAAUGUGCUGGGAACUUGGAUGUUCUCCGAGAGGCUUACUUGUCUACACAUGAGGGUUGGGGAUUCACUGUGGUUUUGGGAAUUCAUCCAACUCCAAGAAUGCUCCCAAUUCAUCCAAUGGAACUCUUUGAUGGCCGAGGAAUUGCUGCUUCUAUCUUUGGAGGCUUCAAAGCCAAGUCCCAACUCCCUACUUUUGCCCAACAAUGCAUGAAAGGGGUGGUGAAUUUGGAUGAAUUCAUAACGCACGAGCUUCCUUUCGAGAAGAUAAACGAAGCAUUUCAGCUACUCAUUGAUGGAAAGUCUCUGAGAUGUCUUAUGCACUUGUGAUUCAUUCAUCGACAAUAUCUUCCAAAAAUGUCUUUUAUGUAUAUUUUCAAACCACCAUACAUGCUUGAUCAUUAUAUAUGUGUAUAUAUAAGUAGGAGCUUAAGUCUCCAUUAAUCUAAAUUAAUGUAUAAUAACCAUCGUAUUAAGGGUGGAGUUUAAAGUUUGUAUAAUUAUAUAUGCAUAUUCAUGUA